AUGUCAAAGAUUAAAGAGAUUGACCCGCGUGUUAAAGCAUACUUAUACGAUAUUGGCUAUCAUAGAUGGUCUCGAGUACAUGCUACGGUGAAUAGAACUUGGACUAUGACAUCAAACAUUGCAGAGUCGUUGAAUGCUGUAACAAAAUAUGCAAGAGAGCUGCCGAUAGUAGAACUAUUAGAGUAUAUGAGGACUCUUCUUGAACACUGGACUAAGGAAACGUUAUUGAAAUCAAAGGGUACAUUCACAUACCUUGGGUUUAAAUUCAACAAAGAGUUGGAUGACAACAGAACAUUGUCGCACGAGCUUAGAGUGAGGGCUUCAACAGAUUACAUCCAUACAGUACUAAAUGGUGUGAGACGCUAUAUUGUUUGUCUUGAAAACAAGAGAUGUAGUUGUGGGCAAUUCCAUCUUGAUGAACUUCCUUGUCCACAUGCUUUGAUUGCUUUAAGGCACAGGGAUGAGUCUUAUGAACAAUAUUGUUCUCCUUAUUACACAAGGGAGAGCCUCUUGCGUACUUAUGAAAUACCAAUAAAUCCCCUACCUGAUGAAAGCAAAUGGAAUGUGCCACAACAUAUAACUGAAGAAGUUGUAAAAACCACCUUCAGCUGUGAAAAGACAGCCAGGAAGACCUCAAAAACAAAGAUACAAAACAUAUGA